AUGCUAACAGUGAACUCUAUUCCCUGUAAUCCAGUUGUGGUGGCUGAUGACAUAACAAUUCUUUCGACAAGGGUCAAAAGAUUACAAGAAAAGCUUGAUACUCUGGAAUCCUACAGCUGUCGUUGGCGAUUCGACUUUAACACAAGCAAAACCAUUGCAGUUACAUUUGGAGAAACCACCAGGACAUUCAACAAGAAUAAUGUAACCAGGAACUGGAAGUUAUACAAUGCUAAAGUAGAAGAAAAGCGUAGCUGGACACAUGUGGAGAUCGAAUUAUCUGGCGACUUCAAUGGUAAUGAUAGAACUAAGAAUGUGUGCAAAAAGGCUAAAGAAACUGUACACAGCUUGAUGAACCUUGGUGCCAGGAGUGGGAGGCUGAAUCCGAUGUGCGGAGCUGGCUUAUGGAAAACAAAUGGGAUUCCCACAUGUUUGUACGGUUGCGAGCUAUGGAAUACAUUAGGUACUACAGAACUUAACAAUCUAGAACGCGCACAACGAUACGCUUCCAAUAUUAUUCAAGGUUUGGGCCCAAAUACGCGUACGGCUAUAUACGCGUAAGCCUAUAUUGACAAGGCAAAGUUAAUCUAUUUUGGUAGAUUUGUGUAUGCUAGGUCCGGGCACAACAACGAAGCAAGUGUUCAUCAACCGGUUGUUCUCCUUCAGGUACAGACAAGGCGAGGAGAGAGUUAUGGGGUUUAUACCAGACGUGAUGCGUUUACUACAAAAAUACAAUCUUCAAGAAUUUCUUGAAACAUAUAUUAACGAGCAAUACUUUCCUAGGAAAGCAGAAUGGCGCAAAAUAGUAUUAGACAAAAUUGGUGGACAUCAAUUGUCUAAAUGGAAAUUAGGAAUGAACGACAAACCUGAACUUUGUCACUACAAAAACAUUCACCAAAAUAUAAUGCCCUUUACUCUAUGUGAAACCGCAAAGCGUAACCCCUUUAACAGAAUUGCUGUGGCGAAUCUCGUUAAUAUUGUUUGUGGUAAUGUACCAGACAUUUUUAUGAAGUGUGUCCAAGAAACUCCUUAUAGUUACACCUGCCAACUUUGCUACAAAGACAUCGUAGACAUAAACAAGCAUUUAAUUAUGGAGUGUUGUGUACUUAAAAGACCACGAAACGAGAUGUGGGACAUGCUAUAUGAUAUAUUACCACUGGAGAACGUUGCAUUCUUAAACGCGCUUCAGGAUGAUGAAGACCUUUAUGAACAUUUAAUUGGUGCAAAAAUCCCAAAUGUACAGUAUUUGCCUCAAGAGAUGCAAGAUAAAUUCUGUCUGAAUGUGGCAAACUCUAUAAUGAGAAUCCUCUUCCACAUUAAGAUAUCAAUUAUAGAGUUCGACAUCGUCUGA